AUGGGUGGUGUCUGCUCAAGGAAGAGAAGUCAAUUGGUGGAUGAAGGUGACUCUCUCCAGACAUCCCCAAGGUUCUCAAAGACCAGCAGCUUAAAAUGGCUGCUGCUUACACUGCCCCGCAGCAGUUCUGAUGUCUCCGGGAAGGGGCAGGGGAAUGAACCUGGGCGGUGCCCGUCCCUCGUGGAGCUCUGUGUGGCUAGAGUCUGCCUGGAUAUCGACAAGUAUUCUACUUUUGCAAUGCUGCCGAGGGAUCUCAGCCAGCAGAUUUUCAAUGAAUUGGUAAAUUCAAACCGUCUUACGGAGGCAUCGCUUCAAAUUUUUAGGGAUUGUGCUCUGCAGGACAUUGGCUUAGGGGAGUACCCUGGAGUAAAUGAUGCUUGGAUGGAAGUAGUGGCAUCUCAAAGGCAGUCAUUGUUGUCGGUUGAUAUUUCUUGCUCUGAAGUAACUGAUAGUGGGAUAGAUCUUAUUAGAGAUUGCUCAAGCAUGCAAAGCUUGGCAUGUAAUUACUGUGAUCAAAUAUCCGAAAAUGGGUUGGUCGUAUUGUCAGGACUGUCAAACCUGACUUCUUUAAGCUUCAAGAGAAGUAAUGCUGUUACUGCUGAAGGAAUGAGAGCCUUUGCAAAUUUAGUUAACUUACUAAAUCUCGACCUUGAAGGUUGCCUAAAGAUUCAUGGUGGCCUUAUUCAUUUAAAAGAUCUGACAAAGCUCGAGUCGUUGAAUAUGAGAUAUUGCAAUUAUAUUGCGGAUUCAGACAUCAAAUAUUUAACAGAUCUUACAAAUUUGAAGGACCUUCAAUUGUCAUGUUGUAAGAUCACAGAUCUGGGGGUGUCGUAUAUCAGAGGCUUGCAGAAGCUCACUCACUUGAACCUAGAGGGCUGCCCAGUGACCGCUUCUUGUUUGGAAGCUAUUUCAGGAUUGUCUUCAUUGGUAUUGUUGAACUUGAACCGUUGUGGUAUAUACGAUGAUGGCUGUGAAUACUUUGAAGGUCUUAAAAAGUUGAAGGUUUUAAACUUGGGGUUUAACUAUAUUACAGAUGCUUGUUUGGUGCAUCUCAAAGGAUUAAUCAGUUUGGAGUCUUUGAACUUGGAUUCGUGCAAGGUUGGAGAUGAUGGUCUAUCACAUCUGAAAGGUCUUGUGCUACUGCAAAGCUUGGAGCUUUCUGAUACAGAAGUUGGAAACAAUGGACUCCAGCAUCUAUCUGGUCUUUGUAAUCUGCAAAGUAUUAAUCUCUCAUUUACUUUGGUCACGGACAUUGGUAUGAAGAAGAUCUCCAUGUUGAAUUCGCUGAAGUCAGUUAACCUUGACAAUCGCCAAAUUACUGAUGUUGGCUUGGCAGCACUUACAAGUCUCACUAGGCUGACUCAUCUUGACCUUUUUGGAGCUCGCAUAACUGACUAUGGCACAAACUGCUUCAGAUAUUUUAAGAAUCUUCGUUCUCUUGAAGUCUGUGGUGGGUUCGUUACUGAUGCUGGAGUGAAGAACAUCAAAGAUCUGAAGGCUCUGACGCUGCUGAAUCUUUCUCAAAAUGUUAAUCUGACAGACAAAACCUUGGAGCUGAUCUCUGGCCUGACUGCUUUGGUCAACUUGAACGUGUCAGACUCGCGGGUGUCCAAUGCUGGUCUCAAACACCUGAAUGACCUGCAGAACCUGCGUUCACUCUCUCUAGACUCCACCCGGGUCACGGCAAACGAGAUGAGGAAGCUCCGAGCAACAAUGCUGCCUAAUCUGAUCAGCAUGCGGCCAGAGUAG